AUGGAAGAGCUGAAGGCAGACUUGAAGUUGAUAGAUGCGGAAUUACCCAAGGGCACGUGCGAAAUAGAGUUGGUGGACUCCGACUUGUUCCACUGGGAGGUAGCUUUGGCCGGGCCAAUUGGUAGCCCGUACAAAGGUGGCACCUUCAGAUUCCAAAUAUGGUACCCCAUCGACUACCCAACGAAACCGCCGCGGCUGAAGUGCUUGACGCCCGUGUACCAUUGCAACAUUGACGCAAAAGGAACCGUGUGCUUGGACUUGGCAGACGACCUUUUGCGUUUGAAACCGUCUCAUGAUACAGAGGAGCUCAGUUCAACACGGAUUUCAGCCCUUUGUUUGGUGCAGGCUUUGCUGUCAUUGUUUGCUGCACCGGUGCCUGAAGAUGGCCUGGUCGCAGAAGCAAGCAAACUGUACAUAUGUGACAGACAAGAAUACAAUCGCCGAGCGCACGAAUGGACCAUGAAGCAUGCCUUCUGA